AAGAGAAUCCCUUCCCUUCCCUUCCCUUCCACUCCACUUUCCUUCCGAACGAGAGAACAAAGCCGUCUCCACCCUCGACUGCGUGCGUGCCUGCCUGUGCAUGCACGUCAAAAUAUAUCGAAGGAGGGGAAGCGGAGUGCCCACAACUGAAUCAAGGCGGUAGUCUCCUCACGCUUUUCACCUCGGAGUUUCCAAUAUCCAGUGGAGGACAGCAAUGGCGGCAGCAGAAGCGUCCAUUUUUUCGGGUUCUGGCGAUAACUCUGUGUGGACCGAUGUAUCCCCUCUUCUCCAAGCUGCCUGCAACGGUCUUCAAGAUGGCGAACUCAUCCAUGGAGAUAACUUCAAUCUCUAUGCUGCCAUGUCUGCUCUAGAGAUAAUGGACCCUAAGAUGGACUCAGGUAUGAUUGGCAGAUAUUAUUCAGUCGAUGAAGCCAUUGAUGGGGGCGCUGCUCCAAUUCCUAUAAGCUUUGAUAGAACUGUUGAUGUCCAGUGCACAAUUGACAUCAUGGACCAUCUCCUGGCAUGCGAGGCUACAUGGCACAAGGGGCAUUCGCUGGCACAAACUGUCUUCUCUUGCAUAUAUCUUUUGAGGCCUGAAAGGACUACUUCACAUGCCUUGCUGCAUUCUUAUAGCAGCGUCAUACGUGCAACCUGCAAGGCUGUUAUCUCAGUUGUCUCAGAUGCAAGAACGCAUGAAGAAGAAGAUCUUUUCACUAUGAUGUAUGGUUUGAAUUUGAACGGUGAAGAUGAAAAGUGCCUGUCAAUUUUAAAUGCCGUUGAAGAAACAAUUUCUCGGCAGUUGCGUGCUUGUAGAGCUCUGUCAGCACGAAGAAAAGUCUUAGAAGAUAUAGAGCCAUUACAAAAUAAUCCUAUGUUGGAAGAAGGCUAUUGUCGAGCUAUCCUUGCCCGUUUGCGCUUUCGUAAGCAUUUCUACCACGUUCUUAUGUGUCUAAAGAGACCUCAGGGAAGAGGUCUGCAGUUGGCGAGGAAACACGUUGCAUCUUGCAUAUCUGAGCUGAAAGCAAUACGCGAAUUAUCAGGACAGCAUACUGCUUGUGGAGGUCAGACUAUCUCAGAAGAUAGAACGACUGCUUCUGGCCGUCAACCUGUUGGCUUUGAUGCUAGUUUAAAUGCUAGAUUAUCUGCACCUACUCCACCACGUUCUAUCAAGAUUCUCAGUUGGAGCGAGGCUAUUGAAUAUUUUCUCAAACUUCUUCAAGAUCUGGACAUUAUUAGUUCCUGUUCAUUGGAGAAUUCGCUGGAUUGUGUAUUACAUUUUGUGGUUCAGUUUCAGAAGUCUCAGCCUGACUUGGUUGCAAGAGCUCAUCUCCAGCGUCUUCUGCUUCAAGAUGGGAAACUAUUUGGGCGGGAAGCUAUUUUUUCUGUCAUUAGUAAAGCCGCAACAUUGCCUGAAGUUGUAAAGAACCACGAUAUUGAAAAGAUGGAAUGCGUUAUUCAAUUAGGACAGUUAGUCAUAAACUUGCUAAGAAUUCUUUGUGCAAAUUCUGCAUGGCAAAGGCGAAAGCUUGGGAAAAUCCUACAAGAUUGGCGUGUCACCUAUAUUCAGUUAGAACUGGCUCUUAGAAGCAAGUUUGGAGAACCUUCUGGCACUCCGAGUGGCGAGAACAUAUGCAUGAAUAUUCUGAAACAACUCCUCGUCUGGGUGGAAGAGAAAGUGUAUUGGAUAGCUUCUCGUUUUCUGAUGUUGGGCUUUGAGUUGGAGCUCUAUUCCACUAGUGAAUAUGGCAUGGUGUACUGGUAUAUCUAUGUUGUCUCUGUCAAGCUUGUGGAGAAACUGCAUCAUAGGAUAUCCAUCAGUAACAGAGGUAAGCGAGUUAAAUGUAGGGGUAAGAAGAAAAGGGUCCCUGGGAAGGAUGCGACUAGGGAUAUUCAGUUCUCACCAACAGUCUUGUUCCUUCAGUCGCACAUAUGUCUUGCUGAAGGACUCACAAUGAUGCUUGCUGCCUUGAGGAAUGAGAAGAUGAUCUUGGAGAGCCCAACCCCUUUCAAUAGCGAUCAAGAGCGAUUCUUUCAGCACUUUGAGCUUCUGCAGAAAGCUGGGAUUCCUGAUCACAACUCUUAUCAAUCGUUUGAAGGAUCAACUAAGAAUGCGUCCUUAUCUAUGCUCGCGAUGUACAAUCAUUUCAAGGAUGCACAGAGGAUAGCAAAGGAGGUGAAGAGUAGUUUCUCAGAUGACCCCGAGAGACUAUCUGAGCUCCGAAGGAUAGAACAGGUUGCUGAGCAUAACAGUGUGGCCCUGAGCUUGCUUUGCCGUGUGGGGGAUGCUCUUGACUCAUCGUUGAAGCUGUCUUUUGAGUUCAGCCACCAUCCGCAUUUUGCCACAGCUGUCGUUAGGCGGUCUUGAUGAAAGAUGGCCUUCCAGUUCAGAAACUUCACUUUGAAUGGCAAAGAUUGAUUUCCAUGUCCAGGCAGGAGAAUACCACCUGUAACCUCUUUGAUUUGUUAACUUGUAUUCUUAAUUAUGGGGAAGCAUUGGCCAUAGGCUAUAGUACGUAGGAAUAGAAAGAAUUCUUUUUCUUUUAUUUGAUUGUAAACUGUUAUAUCGUUUUUCCUUAUAAAAUGAGAAAUUAGUCUCUUGAUUAUUAAAGACUUA